GCAGGCGCCCGCGCCCCCUCCCCGCACAUCUAUUUAUAUCGCUCUACCAGCCCGGUCCUUAUUGGGCAGCGCCUGCCGUUUCGGUGCCAUCGCGGAGGCCCCAGCAGAGGACUGUGUCCGCGCCCGAAGAGCCGGCAGCCUUGAAUGUUAUAUGACAUCUCUGUUGCUCUGUGAGUGAUCAGAAGCACAAACAGGCCCUCCAGGAUUGAGCUACAUUCAAAGAAAACUUACUCAGAAACACUGGAGAGUGCACCAUGGAGUGCAAGAGUGAGGGAAAAGAAAAAUUCCAACAUGGCUUGUAUCUACUAAACAAAAUUAAGAACAUGAAAGAAUUAGCAGAGAUGAUUGAUGUUGUACUCAUAGCAGAAGAGGAGAAAUUUCCUUGCCACAGGCUGGUCCUGGCUGCAUUUAGUCCUUAUUUCAAAGCCAUGUUUACCUGUGGACUACUUGAGUGUACUCAAAGGGAAGUCAUACUUUAUGACAUCACAGCAGAAAGUGUGUCAGUGAUAUUAAAUUACAUGUACAGUGCGGCUUUGGAGAUCAGCAAUGCCAAUGUGCAGACGGUGGCCAUGGCUGCCUAUUUUAUGCAGAUGGAAGAAGUCUUUCAGGUGUGUCAGAAGUAUAUGAUGGACCAUAUGGAUGCCUCGAACUGUGUAGGUAUCUAUUAUUUUGCAAAGCAGAUUGGAGCUGAAGAUUUAGCUGAUCAAUCGAAGAAAUAUUUAUAUCAGCACUUUGCUGAGGUGAGCUUACAUGAAGAGAUACUAGAAAUUGAAGUGCACCAAUUUCUGAUGCUUAUUAAAUCAGAUGACCUGAACAUAACCAGAGAAGAGAGCAUUCUGGACCUAGUUCUGAGAUGGGUAAAUCAUAACCGAGCACUGCGCACGGAGCAUCUCGUUGAGCUUCUGAAGCAAGUUAGGCUGCAACUGAUAAGUCCUUCUUUUCUAAGACAAGCCCUGAGAAGGAACACAAUGCUUCUCUGUGAUGCAGGUUGCAUUGACAUCAUUCAAAAUGCAUUCAAAGCCAUCAAGACUCCCCAGCCACAUGCUCUCAAUCUGCGUUACGGCAUGGAGACCACCAGUCUUUUGCUUUGCAUUGGUAACAAUUCUUCAGGAAUCAGGUCAAGACACAGGAACUACGGGGAUGCCAGUUUUUGCUAUGAUCCUGCAUCACGCAAGACCUAUUUCAUUUCAUCUCCCAAGUAUGGGGAGGGUUUAGGCACCGUGUGUACUGGUGUCGUCAUGGAAAAUAACACUAUCAUUGUGGCUGGUGAGGCAAGUGCCUCUAGACUCUCCAGACAAAAGAGCAAGAAUGUUGAAAUCUAUAGGUAUCAUGAUAGAGGCAACCAGUUUUGGGAAAAGUUAUGCACAACUGAAUUUCGAGAGCUCUAUGCUCUGGGCAGUGUCAAUAAUGACCUCUAUGUCAUAGGAGGACAGAUGAAAAUUAAAAACCAGUAUCUUAUUACAAACUAUGUUGAUAAGUACUCUGCAGAACGGGACAGUUGGAAAAGGGUGGCUCCCCUUCCACUACAAUUGGCGUGUCAUGCUGUAGUAACAGUGAAUAAUAAACUUUAUGUGAUUGGAGGCUGGACCCCUCAGAUGGAUCUUCCUGAUGAAGAGCCUGAUCGAUUAAGCAACAAGCUGCUGAAGUAUGACCCCAGCCAAGAUCAGUGGACAGAGCGGGCACCCAUGCAGUAUGCUAAGUACCGAUUCAGUACAGCUGUGGUCAACAGUGAGAUUUAUGUUUUGGGUGGAAUUGGCUGUAUAGGACGGGACAAGGGCCAGGUCCGGAAAUGCCUAGACGUGGUGGAGAUCUACAAUCCGGAUGGGGACUUCUGGAGAGAGGGCCCCCCCAUGCCAAGUCCCCUGCUGUCACUUCGCACCAACUCCACCAGCGCAGGAGCCGUGGACGGGAAACUGUAUGUCUGCGGGGGAUUCCAUGGAGCAGAUCGCCAUGAGGUUAUCUCCAAAGAGAUCCUGGAGUUGGACCCCUGGGAGAACCAGUGGAACGUUGUAGCCAUUGACGUCCUCAUGCACGACAGCUAUGAUGUCUGCCUGGUGGCCAGAAUGAAUCCUCGAGACCUCAUCCCCCCACCUUCAGAUUUGGUAGAAGAAGGUGGGGGGCACUGAGGUCAGUGUCACUGUGGGACCUCCUGUGGUGUCUGCAAAGGAGGCACCAGGCAUGGAGAGCCUACGACAUCCACCUGUCCCUGGGGACAUGUGGGUUGCAUGCAUAAUGCCCCUGUGCAGAGCAGCGUGUGCUGGGCACUGCGAGGCGGGGAUGUGCAGAAUCCAUCCUCAGGGACCCAGCCUUUGGAACAUCUUCCCCCAAGUUGGAAGGUGAGGACGGAGCCAUCUGCUUCAGUCCAGUUGAGCAUAACCAGAAAAUAGCCACUCCCAAAGUAUAAUUUAGGGUUGACAUUUCAAUAACUCAUGGGACAUCCAUCUAUUUUACUUACUGUCUAUGCUUCUGGUAGUACAGUGGAUCCAAAUAAUUCAUUUUGGUAACUGUUCUUCACCAACUUCCCAAGAGUUUCACAGGCACUAAGUUCUUUUUUAAGCAGGAAUGGUCAGUAAAUUCCCUAGGACUUUCCCAAGGGGAGACCAUCCUAGACCGAGACAGCUCUUCUUCAGUGCAGAGCCAUGUGACUGUGAUGGCCACUCCCUGUGUCCCCAGGUACCAGCUUUUUUUUUUUUUUUUUUUACGGCCGGUCAUGGGAGUUCCCAGGCUAGGUGUUCUACCUGAGCUGUAGCCACCGGCCUACACCAGAGCCACAGCAAUGUGGGAUCCAAGCCACAUCUGCGACCUCCACCACAGCUCACGGCCACGUUGGAUCCUUAACCCACUGAGCAAGGCCAGAGAUUGAACCUGCAUCCUCAUGGAUGCCAGUUGGAUUCAUUAAGCACUGAGCCACGACGGGAACUCCACCAAGUGCCAGCUCUUAACCCAGGCAGGGGAGGCGGGUCCACAGAAACUGGAGCCAGGUGGAAACCUGCUUCUGCCAACAUGAAGGGGGACCAGUCAGACCCAGGGUGGGUUGUCCCAAAUGGGCUAGACUCAGAGGACUCCCUUCUCUCUUUGCAGGUUUGCACCAAGUGCCCUUGGCAGUGCCUGGCAUGUGUGUUGGCCUUUGGGUGGCCAGCAUGGGGGUGCACCUGCUCCACCCACAUGAAUGUGUGGAUGCUGCCAGGUUCCCUUAGGUCAGCAAGGCCUUGUUGGCAGCCGUGAACUUUUCUUGAUGCACUGGGCUCAGGAUUGAGGCUCUCAUCCCAGCUCUGCUGCUUACUGCAUGUGUGACCCUGGGCAAGAUAAACUUUUAAAACCAUGUUCCCCUCCUGUGCAGAAUAGGAAGGAAAAGUCUUCUGUAGGGUUGAUGUGAGGACUGAGUGAUAAAACAUUGAGCAUGGUGCCUGUGAGACGCUAAAACAGCAAAUGUUCUUUAGCUGCCAUGACUUUCAUUAUUCUUAUCUUCAUAAUCAGCAUUUUCCGAAGCCUAGUGUCCAGAACACCCGUUGUUGGAGUUGGGUGUUGGGAUUUCAGGGAGAAAUGUGCACAGAGUUUGAGAUAGGUCUUAAGCCACAGCCACAGCCCCUCAGCUUCUCCAGGCCCAAGUGAAUAAAUCAAUGUUUCUUUUGAGCCCUGGAUGCUGCUCCUCUGACCCACGUUUGUGGUUCUGCCCUCCUGUUGUUGGACAGCAUUAGAGAUUCAGCCUUAAACGUUUCCCCAUCCCCCUUCUCACCUUAAUUGAGGCUGUCCUGACAUGCCAUGAAGAACUCAUAAAACUAGUGAGAUAGGAGGGCUUGGCCCUGAGCCGGGACAUGAGAAUGGCCUGGACACUGAGACUGGGAGAAGCUGCAGCUGCCAGCCACACCUGUUCAAUUCCUGCUCAUCAGGGAGGCGUCAUCGUUCUCACCGAUUGACUUUAUAACAAGCAAAUGCUUUACAAAUGAAUCACAAAAUAAAAUUUCACUAGUAAUA